AUUAAUUUAUCCCCCCUUUGCGAGACAUAAAUUAAACAAAAUCAUAGCAAUUGUGAAAGCGGGAAUCUUUGAGAUUUGAAAUUCAAAUUAAAGUUCGCAAAAUAAAUUCAUUUCAUCUGGUUUAAACGGUCUAUAUUCUAGAUAACUCUGUUUCCCGUUAUUUCCAAGUGCCAUAACGCUCCUUGCCCGCUCUCGCAAUCGCCCCUUCAUACUUAAGAUCACAGUAGCAGUUAUUUAGAAAUCGCGUGUUUUUGUUGGUGGUAAACAAGCAUGGGUCAGAUUCAGUACUCUGAUAAGUAUGCUGAUGACAUCUACGAAUACAGGCAUGUGGUUCUUCCAGCGGAGGUCGCCAAAUUGCUUCCGAAGAAUCGCCUACUCUCGGAAAACGAGUGGCGAGCCCUCGGAGUUCAGCAGAGCCGUGGGUGGGUGCACUAUGCUAUUCAUCGCCCGGAGCCACACAUAAUGCUAUUCAGGAGGGCGCUCAACUACCAGCAGCCGCAGAAUUAGGCUCUCUCGACUCAACUUCUCACUUGAGCUUUCGAUUGCAAAAAUGAAUCAUUUCCUAUGGAACUAUUAUACCCAUCUAUUAUAUUGUUCAGUAACUUUUGGUUGUGUAAGUGAAUUGGGAGUGCUUAGUGUUCCAACACUAGGUAAAAGUUUCAUGAUCAAGUUGUUUUUCAACAACUUGGAUAUCAUCAUAAUUCAUGUCUUCUUCCUUUUGCUGAUAUAUUUAACUAAAAUGCUCCUGUUA